GGACCCGAGCCGGCCUUCCAUUUUCCAAUUUUCAAGGAAAAAAAAUGUUAUACCCUUUUUUCACAGUCAAAAAGCCUGUCUUCUUGUCUGUAAUGAAACAAAACUGAAAAGUGAAAUCCACUUCAAAAUUUAAACUACCUUCACUCUUCCAACCAAAUUUUCACUCUUUUUUUUUUUUUCAAAUGGAAAAAACAACGAAGCUGAGAUUUUGUCGGCAUUGAAUUUGAUCUUUUCAAAUCUGUGAGAAAUCUUUAGACUUGUUUUCUUAGAAGAAAAGGGAAAUGGAGUUCACCGAAGCUUAUAAACAAACGGGUCCCUGCUGUUUUUCUCCGAAUGCUCGUUACAUCGCGGUUGCCGUUGAUUACCGUCUCGUGAUUCGUGAUACACUCUCCUUCAAGGUUGUGCAGUUGUUUUCUUGCUUGGAUAAGAUAAGCUAUAUUGAAUGGGCACUUGAUUCCGAAUACAUUCUUUGUGGUCUUUAUAAAAGACCGAUGAUACAGGCAUGGUCACUCACCCAACCUGAAUGGACAUGCAAAAUUGAUGAAGGUCCCGCUGGUAUUGCUUAUGCAAGAUGGAGCCCAGAUAGUCGUCACAUACUGACCACCUCAGAGUUUCAGCUGCGAUUAACGGUUUGGUCUUUAGUGAACACUGCUUGUGUUCAUGUACAAUGGCCAAAGCAUGCUUCCAAGGGAGUUUCAUUUACCCAAGAUGGAAAGUUUGCUGCAAUUUGCACAAGGCGUGAUUGUAAGGACUACAUAAAUCUGCUGCCUUGCCACUCUUGGGAGAUAAUGGGUGUUUUUGCUGUUGACACGUUGGAUUUGGCUGAUAUUCAAUGGUCACCGGAUGACAGUGCAAUAGUGAUAUGGGAUUCUCCUCUUGAAUACAAAGUUCUAAUAUAUUCUCCAGACGGAAGGUGUCUCUUUAAGUAUCAAGCAUAUGAAAGUGGAUUGGGAGUAAAAAGUGUUUCAUGGUCUCCCUGUGGCCAGUUUCUUGCCGUGGGUAGUUAUGAUCAGAUGCUGCGAGUUCUAAAUCACCUUACUUGGAAAACUUUUGCUGAGUUUAUGCACCUAUCAACUGUCCGUGUUCCUUGCUGUGCUGCAGUUUUUAAGGAGGUGGAUGAACCACUGCAACUUGAUAUGUCUGAAUUAUGUUUGGACGAUGAUUUUAUGAGAGGCUCUGCAGAUGCUCCAGAAGGACACUUCAAAGUUAGAUAUGAGGUUGUAGAAGUAGCCAUUACUUUGCCUUUCCAGAAGCCUCCGGCAGACAAACCUAACCCUAAACAAGGAAUUGGCCUUCUUUCAUGGAGCAAUGAUAGCCAGUAUAUUUGUACUCGCAAUGAUAGCAUGCCGACUGCUCUCUGGAUCUGGGACAUACGCCAUUUAGAGUUAGCUGCCAUCUUGGUGCAAAAGGAUCCUAUUCGUGCAGCAGCUUGGGAUCCAAUAUGCACUCGCCUUGUUCUUUGCACUGGAAGCUCUCAUUUGUAUAUGUGGACCCCUUCUGGUGCAUACUGUGUAAGUAAUCCACUACCGCAAUUUUCUAUAACUGAUUUGAAAUGGAAUUCAGAUGGGAGCUGUCUUCUACUCAAAGACAAGGAGUCAUUCUGCUGUGCUGCUGUGCCUCUACUGCCGGAAUCUAGUGACUAUAGCUCAGAUGACUGAAGCAAUUUUCUCUAUCAAUUUGGCUUGUUAUUUAGAGAAACAUAAAUGUAUAAAUAGGCAACUUUAGUGUUUUUCUAUCAGCCCCUAUUUCACUCACUCACUCUCACUGUUGUAAUAUGUUCUUGUGCAUUUGAGACUUCAAUGACAGUUUUAUCAAGCUAUGAAAAUCCUUGUAUCGUGGCAUUUUUUUCCCAUUUUGUUCAUUGUUGUAGGAAAAGAAGGAAACUUGUAAACAGAUACCAGAUUCAAGUAUAGCAUAUGCUCGAUUUGCUGCAGGAAAUGUGUUCACCACUUAAGACGACAAUAUCUUUCAAAUGUGUGUUUGUUUUAUUUGUGAAUUCUUUAUGAUCUUAUCACUUCUUUGUUUCAACCUACCUAUAAAUUACCAGGAAGAGCUUUGAGUUUCGGCUGACUGUGUCAAGGACGAAGAUAGAAGGAAUGUCAAUAAAAAAAAUUACAGAUAUUAAAAUUUGAAGUUCAUACUUGCAUCGACUUUGAUUCGUAUGGGAUAAUAUUCAUAUCUGUAAAAACUGUAAAUCACCAUCAAAACAGAUUUAAAAAACCCUCUGUAAUUCUCAUAAUCUUGUCUAUAAAAUGGUCACAAAUCAUAGUACAAAAAGCCUAUUAUGAGGUCAUCACAUUGAUCAUAUAUCAAA